CGUUCGCGCCUUUAUUUAAAAAAAAGAAUAAAUGUAAAACUGACGUUUUGAUUUUAUCUUAAGUGGUUUCGUUUGUGCUUCGGGUGGCAGUGAAUAAGUUUUUUUUUCUUGUGAAACAAUUUAAGUUCUUGUGAUAAAAUAACGUAGGAAAAUGAAUAUUUCGUGAUAUUAUUCAAUUAAGAGUGAAGUGCGUCAAAUAGGUGCAUAUCAACCUAUUAAGUUCUGUCACAUUUGCAUUUUCCAAAUUUGGGCAAUGUCAAGUUACGGGAGCACGUCGCCUUCAGACGAGGGUUUUGACAGAUACGAACUGCCGUUCUACUGCCAACCGUCACAUCAGGGUAGCCCAAUGGACGGCGGGGUUUACUGGCCGGCUGUGAGUGGGGAGGGGCACGAGUUCGAUGCCCAGGACAUCUAUCACGACACCAGCAAUUACAUAGGACGGAAUUAUGGUUACGAAGAGAUGCAGAUAUCGUGCAACGAUCCCUACGAAGCCUACAGCAGCAUGAUUCACCACACAUACACACAGAAUACCGCAGGUCUGGACUGUGACAUGCAGACGCUGCCGCGUUUCGACCGACCGCCCCAGUCGUUCGUGCGCGUUGUCAAGAGAAGGACAACUGCGAAUAAGAAAGAGAGAAGAAGAACGCAGAGUAUAAAUACCGCCUUCACCGACUUGCGAGAGUGUAUACCGAACGUGCCCCCCGACACUAAACUGUCUAAGAUGGUGCGAGCGAGAUCGCAGAGCAUCAAUAUCGCGUUCUCUAAACUCAGAGAUCGCAUACCAAGCGUUCUGCCCGACACUAAGAUGACAAAGAUUAAAACCUUGCGUCUCGCGACCUCCUACAUAUCAUACCUGCUGAAGGUGCUGGAGACAGAUGGUGAACCCGCUGGGGGGUUCCGAGCUGAACUACACCACACUCCCCCCAGAAGACGCAACGCUGACCAAUCGCAGAACAACGCGUCCGAGAAGAAGGGCAAAGGUCGAACAGGCUGGCCGCAACACGUCUGGGCUUUAGAACUCAAGAGCGAGCAAAACCUACAGACUUAACUUGUAUUAUACCAUGUGGACAUAAACUUAAGUGAUUCAUUGAUGGUCUAGAAGACUUCAGCCGUGUCUAGAUACGACCCGUUCUGUUUGGGUUUAAUAUAAUAUCUAUCAUCAUCACCAUUAACCCAUAACCGGUUCACUACAGGGCAUUGGUCUCUUGUGAGAAAAGUUUGGUGGAUAUCACGCGACUGUGAGAACGUUAUUGAGAAUUCGUAGGCAGGUUUCCCCACGAUACUUUCCUUAAAGCAAGUGAUAUUUAAUUCUUAAACCGCUAAUAGCUUAGAAAAGUUGCAGGUGAGUGCCGAAAGUAAAGUAAAUACUUUGACGAUCGACUGACGUAGUGGGCAGCUACCCUUCUUUCUAAGUGUGGGUUAGAUUAUCACAACUGGAAAAUGUUUGUGUGAUGAACAUGAA